AUGUACGUCUUAGAGUGCAGUCCGGCUGAGGUAGCCAACGUUUGCGAAGAGACAUCUCAAGAGCAAGAAUCAGGUGACGGAUCAGGAGCGGCUGAUCUACAAGUGUGGCAUGCAAGAUUAGGUCACCUGUCAACGAAGAUGCUCAAGGGUAUGGCAGGUUGCGUCAAUGGAUUAAAGAUCAAGAAGAAUCAAGGCGUUGAAGAUGAUAUCGAGAUCUGCGAAGGGUGCAUCAUGGGUAAAGCAACCGUCAAGACGUUUCGAAGUCACCAUACGGACACGUGA